GAAGUUUUCUGUUUUGUUUUUUUUAAACUACAGGUGAAUGCAGCUCAGAUAUUAUGGUCAGUUUAUAGUUUAGUGUUUCUAGACAUGCAACAGAGCUGUUAUUUAGUGGUCAGCCCUUGUUUAAAGCCAUUGACAUCAUGGAAAAGUUAAGGUAAACAUAAAGUGACGGCACUCUAUUGUCCUCAUGCCAUCUCCGCAUUUAGGCUCUAAACCAAGAAGGCGUUGAACCUGCUACGAUGUCACACGCACAGGUUGAGAUACCAGGACGCGGUUUCCCAGGCCUCUCUGUGGAUAUGACCGACGACUGCUUGUCCCGGGUGCCGUCCGUGCUGAGGGCGCACGGUUUGGGCGCACGGAGGAACUCUUACGGGCUGCAAAAAAUUAGCAUGGAUAUUGAUUCGCCCCUGUACAGCGGCGCCCUCUCCAAAGCCUUGUCCUGGUCAGCUGAGAAUAUUCUGACCCUGUCCGAGUCCAGAGCGGAGGACGAAAAAACCGACGAGUCUCCGCCGUCUCCGUCCCCGGUUUCCAGCCCGGGCACCAGCUCCAACACGCCCCCGAGCAGCCAGGAGCCCGACUCCGGGUCCCUUACUGGCAACUGGGAGCCCGCUCCGAGACCCGGCGCUCAGGACGCCAGUUCGGACUCUGAAAACGAACUUCAAAGUAAACAGCACAAGAUCUUGUCUCGCAUCACGUUUGAUGCCCAGUGGGAGCAGGAGGAGAAAGAAGACGUGGAGACCAAAGCGGUGGCCACCUCACCUGAUGGAAGAUAUCUCAAAUUCAACAUAGAGAUCGGAAGGGGGUCUUUCAAGACAGUCUAUAAAGGGCUGGACACAGAGACAACAGUGGAGGUGGCAUGGUGUGAGCUACAGACCCGUAAGCUGACCAAGGCAGAGCGACAGCGUUUCAGCGAGGAAGUGGAGAUGCUGAAGGGCCUGCAGCACCCGAAUAUCGUCCGCUUCCAUGACUCCUGGAAGUCGACGGUGAAGGGCCACAAGUGCAUCAUCCUGGUGACUGAACUCAUGACGUCAGGCACACUCAAAACGUACUUGAAGAGGUUCAAGGAGAUGAAGCUGAAGCUACUGCAGCGCUGGAGUCGUCAGAUCCUCAAAGGGCUUCACUUUCUGCACACGCGCACUCCCCCCAUCAUCCACCGUGACCUCAAGUGUGACAACAUCUUCAUCACUGGCCCCACCGGCUCUGUCAAGAUAGGAGAUCUGGGGCUGGCCACUCUCAAAAGUGCCUCUUUUGCUAAAAGUGUCAUUGGAACACCAGAAUUCAUGGCCCCAGAGAUGUACGAGGAGAAGUACGACGAAGCGGUGGACGUCUACGCCUUUGGAAUGUGCAUCCUGGAGAUGGCCACCUCUGAGUACCCGUACUCCGAGUGCCAAAACGCCGCCCAGAUCUACCGCAAAGUCACCAGUGGCAUAAAGCCUGACAGUUUCUACAAAGUCAAAGUCCCAGAACUGAAGGAGAUCAUUGAGGGCUGCAUUCGUAUGAACAAAGAUGAAAGGUACACCAUUCAGGACCUCCUGGAACACCCCUUCCUCCACGAGAACAACGGCGUGCACGUGGAGCUGGCAGAGGAGGACGACAUGGUGAAGUCGGGCCUGAAGCUGUGGCUGCGCAUGGACGACACCAAGAAGCUCAACGGGAAGUACAAGGACAACAACGCCAUCGAGUUCCUCUUUGAGCUCUACAAAGACGUGCCCGAGGAGGUGUCUCAGGAGAUGGUCGUGCUUGGCUUCGUGUGCGAGGCAGACUUCAAGCUCGUGGCCAAGGCCAUACGGGACAGGGUGACGGCCAUCAAGCGGCAGAGAGAGAAGCUGAGGCGGCAGGCAGAGGAGCGGAAGAAGAAGCAGGAGCGAGAAGCCAUAGAGGAAGAACCCGAGCCUCAGCUCCCUUCACCUAAAGUCAGCAGUGCUCUUGCAGCAGAGUCCCCCACCCCAGCCCUGACGCCUCCGGCCCCCAUCACGUCCCCCGUCACAAGCUCUGUGGACUCUGGUGUCAGCUCCAACUACCCUGCAGAACCAGAGGAGCCCGAGGCAGACCAGCACUUCCACAUCCGCCACAACAGCCUGUCCUCGGCCAACUCUGACUGCGAGACGGACGGCUAUCUGAGCUCCUCUGGACUUCAGGAUCCGCUGGAGGCCGGCAGCUUCAACACGCCCACGACCCCACCCACCAUGCACACUGACACGCCGACUAUAAACAGUCUCCCCAUCCCAGCCCUCCGGUUCCCCUCGAGUAUUGCAGUAUCCAACAACAUAGAACUUGGAAACGCAGGGCUCCCCAGUGGCUUCAACUCCCCUGUGGACAGCUACGCCUCCGAUGUGACUUCAGGCCUGAGUGACGGCUAUGAGGGCCUAUCAGAGAAGAGUGAGAAAACGGCUGCGAGGCGAACUGCUGCAAAGCUGUUCAGGAGGAGGGCGCGCUCACGGCUGCGCAUCACAGGGCUCUCUGAUAAAGUGGACCGGGUGGUGGAGUGUCAGCUGCAGACGCACAACGACAAGAUGGUGACUUUCAAGUUCGACCUGGACGGAGAUAACCCUGAAGACAUCGCUGCCGUCAUGGUGCACAACGAGUUCAUCCUACCAUCGGAGAAGGAGGGCUUCAUCUACCGCAUGGGCGACAUCAUCAAACGGGCCGAGGCUCUGAUGGCCAAAGACCAGCCGGUCCACUCCAGCGGGCACCGACUCCCCCAGCCUGCUUUUCACAGCGGGGUUAACACGCUGUCUUCCUCACAGCCUAAUCUGCACAGUCACACCCUGCCUCGAACACACUCAUCCUCUUCUCUGCCCGACUUCAGUGUGGCUAACCCGAACGUAGGGGUUUGUGGCUCUCCCCCAUGCCCCAAUGGAGACGUCUUCAGUGCAGACAUUACUUCAUCUGGGCGACCUCUAAUACGCUCACAGUCUUUCCACAACGCCCCAGGGUCUCCUCUUCACUAUCAGCAACAGCACCACCCCGCCUCCUUCCUGCCUCACCACCAGCACUACCACUUACCCUUCAUGGGCCACACUCACUUCCCAUUCCCAUACUCGGGCUCUCCGGGUUCUCCCAAGCCAGCGGGGAUUCAUACUCCCCUCACACGAGUAGCCAGUAACCCAACCUUCCCCUCUGUUUCCUCCCAUGCCCCCGGGUCCCCCAGUCCUCAGAAUGAAACCCCAAGCCCUGGCAGCAACGAGAGCAGCACCCUGUCUCCACCUGCCCCUCAGCAUCCCAACAUGUGGCCCCCCCACACACAGCCCCUAUUUUCCUUGGCCAAUGUCAUUUCCAUGGCCAUGAGCAUGGCUCAGUCUUUCAUCCCUCCUGCGGGCCUACCCAACCAGGGGAUGCCCUCCUUUCCAGGCUUUCACCCCCAGCUACCAACUCACAUGACCCAACAGUCUGGUUACCCCUCCGUCUACCAGCAACAAUACCAAACCUCACCGCUAGAGGUCUCUUACCCAACAGUGGGCAUCCAAGCGCAGAACAACGUCUACCACAGCCCUGAGAAUACGCCUCAAUUGGACGGAACCGGUUUUCCUCAGAGCAGUCAUCCGAGCUGGCCGCAUCCUGCCUCUCCACCUUCCAUACCUUCCACCCCUACCGUGGCUCCUCAGGAGCCUCUGCAACAGGUUGGACUCUCCAGUCCCCCCAGCCUGAACCAGGAGGACAGUCUCCACAGUUACGUGGCCCCAUACUCAGCACAGGUUCCAGCCCAGGCUAAACCCAAACCACAAGUCUCCAGUUCAAGCUCCUCGUCAGAUCUUUCCCCAUCACCCCCAGAGAGCCCCGAAAGCACUUUAUCAUCCUUCAGCACCCAAUUGCACCCCAGCGUACCUGAGAUCAAUGCCAGUAGCCCAAAGCCGAAAGCCUCUCCCACUAAAUCUGAAGUCCAGUGUGCAGCAGUGACGGUUGGCCGAUUCCAGGUGACACCCAGCAUGGACAUCCCUGCGCCUGCUGUGCCUGUAGGUGCUGCACUAGAGCCUGAGGACAGCGGCGGCACGCCGUCAGAGAGCAGCACAGAGGAACAGGGAGAGUCUGAGACCAGCCUGGGCACCUCCCUCACCAUGUCCCCUCCUCACCCACAUCCCCACAGGGGGUCGAAAGGGGUCCUCCAGGAGGUUGACGGGCAGCUGGGAUGGGCCGGGAGCCAGGAGCAGCAGCAGCAGCAGCAGCAGCAGCAGCAGCAGCAACAAGAGGACAGAGGAGAGGAGGAGGAGGAGGAAGAGGAGGAGGAAGAGGUUGUCGGGGAACGACAGAGAACGAGGAAGAGGAGUCGGAGGAGAGCGUACAGCCUCAGCCUGAUGGGAACGUCCGCGGACAGCGGACUCUCAGUGACGGCUGCUGAGAUGGAGGGGAGGCUGUGGGACGGAGCGACGGGCAGCCCACAGUACGGCAAUGCCCUUCACCAUUUAUGGACGAUGACUUACAACCGCAACGCUCCCUACCUAAGCAGCGAUGACUCAGACAGUGACGACGAAGAAAUGCUGGAGGAGCUUCAGGAACUCAGAGAGAAACAUCUGACAGAGGUGCAGGCCCUGCAGGCUGCCCAGAAGAGAGAGAUCGAGGAGCUGUAUGAGAAAAUGGGGAAGGUUCCUCCUCCGGGCAUCGUCUCUCCUGCAGCAAUGCUGUCCAGUCGACAGCGCCGCUUGUCCAAGGGGAGCGGUUUCCCCUCAUCCCGCCGGAACAGCCUGCAGCGCUUGGACAUAUUGCCUCUCCAAGGUAUCAUUAGGAGAAAUUCCCUUGGAGGCAGCAGCAGCGGCUCCCAGGACAAAGCUAGCAAAGGGGUCACCUUUGCCACUGACAUUAGUAGAAUGUAAGAAGCGCUCAGCCAAGCACGCUGUAUAUCUGGACUACCUCAUCUGAAGUGUGACUGCGGUGGUCAAACCCGUCCUGAAGGAGGACCACUUUAACACUUUUCACCGGCACACCGAUCAGCAAAAACGGCUUCCCCCUGCCAGCGGUCACAAGGUUCUGCCAGUGGUCAUUUACCUCAAAUGUACAGAAACUGUCACCAAUAAAGCUGGAUUCACACAGAAACUGUAGCAUCCAGUCUUCAGCCCUUUGUCAGAUUUGGUCAAAUUGUCGCAGAUGAGACGCAGAAUAUCUGCCAGUCUGGUUCAUGUUAAAAUCGACAAAUUCAUAUUGGCUCUGCUGUAAAUGAACUGUCGGACCCAACGUUUCAGAAGUAACCAGCUUCAGUCCAGGCUGCCACAGCACCCUGUAAAAUGUCAUAUCAGUUUGUUUUUAAAUAUUUUUUCUGAGCAAGCUUUUUAAAUUAACGCAGUCAAGUGAUAUACCAAGUGCCACGGAGGUGUAGCCUUUUGAGCUGCGCCGGCACUUGUUAUGACUUUGACCCAGAAUGACCAAUAUAGGUGCACUUUCCCUGCUUGUCUGAAUCACUGCCAUUUAUCAAUCGGAGCACAAUAAAGUGAACCACGGCGAAGCUCUGACUCUUACUGACAGUUGUCGCGCACAGAUGGCAACAUUUUACUUCACAACUUAUUUGCUGUAGUUUGUUAAUGACGUCUCAACAGCUGCUGCCUGCACAGUCUGAUUGCUGCCCUCCAGGGGCUGACAAAGAGCUGUCAGGAUGCAUUGUACAGUUUGAUGUAUUCAAAUAUGUUUUAUGAAAAUGUCAUUGUAGUACAUCUUUGGUUUCUUUAGUGGGUUUGACACUUGAUAAGAUCACCUACAUUCUCUAAAAUCUCACGCUGGAGAAGUUUGACUGCAGUCCUGACAUUUUCAGAUGUAGUGACGAUGAUUUUUUUUUUUCAUAUUUUUUCAGCAGUACAACGAGGAGAUAUCAUGAAGAUGUAAAUGCAUCAGGAAGAAAAGUUGUACAACAGUUAUAAAUGUCGGCGUGUAGCUUGCUUCAGCAGAAAAAUAAAUAAAUCUGUUUUUCAAGCUGUUAAAAGGUGCAGACGCAUAGAGAACAUUACGUCAAUUUUCAAAUACUAUAGCUGGCUUCAAACUUUCUCCAUAAUGAUUAGUGAAAAAUCCACCUAGGCUUUAGACUACUGGCUUUCCUCGUGUUUGUACAUGUGUAUAUAGUAGAGUGCAUUUAUAGAUCAUGUUUACAAGUAAACUAAAUACUUCAGCAACCUUAAUUCUUGCUCAAGCAAAAAUCAUACCUGAUGCUUGUUCCUUAGAGCAAGCACCUUCUGCACUUUAGUAAAUUCUACUUUAAUUAUCAGUCAUUUAACAUAUUUGUGGGUAAAACUGUGCUCACUCGAGGAAGAGCUGAUACUAUAUAUUUUCCUGUUAUUUUUCCAUAAGAGAGGUAGAGAAUAUUCUCCACUUUAUGUUUGAUCACAAUAUUUCGUAUUGGAUCACAGGAAUGAUGAUCUACCCUCCCACAGUUUUAAAUAAUUCGUAUAUUGUGGGAUAUAGAGAAAUCAGUCCAAGCUGUGACUCUGUAGCGGUUGCCUUAAAAAAAAAAAAUUAAAAAAAAUUCACAACUCACACUGAAUUUUCUGACAGUUGAACUCCUGUAAGAUCCGUAAUAUAUACAAAGAAAUCUCUAAAUUUUGAAUGUAAAUAUAUAAUUGUAUUGCUUUCUGAGGCUGCUGUCCUGCCAUGCUGAAUCUGUGCCUUUCCCUUACAAUGUCUUAUUUUAUAUUUUUACUUUGAAGAUUUGGUGGCUAGAUCAGACUCUGUAUAUUAAAUUUUGACAAAAAUAAA